AUGUGGGCUUCAGACCAUAGACCAAUUCUGUUAUCUUUCUUGCUAGAAGAAGCAUCUACUGGCAAAGGACGGUUUUACUUUGAUAAGAGGAUGAUUGGAAAAGAGGGGACUGGGGAGGCAGUAAGCAAAGCAUGGUCUGGUUCUGGAGAUGAUAUCUCUUUGCUGGAUCGUUUGGCUGGGUGUAGAAGAGAACUUUCACACUGGAAAAGAGUUAACAAUUUUAACUCCAAGAACCGUAUACAGAAGCUUCAAGAGGAGUUGGAAAAGGAAAUUGCUAGACUGCAUCCUAGUGCACGCUCUAUGAGCAGACUGAGAACUGCAUUGGCUCUUGCGCACAAAGAAGAAGAACGUAAGGUCACGCUUGAUAUGAACUCAAGAUUGACUAAAGAGUUCUCUGCAGAAGAAAUCAAGAAUGCUGCAUUUUCAAUUAAAGGUGGAAGCACCCGUGGAGAGGAUGUAAUUGAAGAUGUUCACAGAUUUUUUGAGACGUCUACCAUGCCUGCUGGAUGGAAUCAUACUCAACUAUGUCUGAUACCCAAAAUCCCGAACCCUGAUUCUGUGAAAGACAUGCGGCCUAUUGCUCUUUGUUCUGUGCAAUAUAAAAUCAUCUCCAAGUUACUUUCAGAUCGUCUCAAGGUUAUUUUGCCUUCCCUCAUCUCUGAUACGCAAGGAGCCUUUGUCUCAGGGAAGCUCAUCACUGAUAACAUCAUUGUUGCUCAUGAACUUGUGCAUGGUCUGAGGACAAACCCGUCUCUAAGCUCUCAGUUCAUGGCCAUCAAGACCGAUAUGUCCAAAGCCUUUGAUCGCGUCGAAUGGAGCUUUUUGGAAACAUUAUUGGAGAGAUUUGGUUUCGACAGAGUCUGGGUGAGAUGGGUUAUGACCUGUGUAAACUCUGUUUCUGACACGGUUCUUCUCAACGGUCGUGUUCAUGGCUUCAUUCGUCUGGAACGUGGCAUUAGGCAGGGGGACCCUAUCUCUCCAUCCCUCUUCAUUUUGUGUGCUGAAGCAUUAGUCAAUGUACUUAAUCAGUCAGAACUAUCAGGACGCCUCCAUGGAAUUCAGCUGGAUGCUCAAGGCCCAAGUGUGCAUCACUUGUUGUUUGUGGAUGAUAAUUUGCUCAUGUGCAAGGCAGAUAUAUUAGAAAGUGCUGAAAUCUCUCGCUGUCUCAGUUUAUAUGGAGAUGCAUCGGGACAGCAAAUCAACAAACUCAAGUCUUCUAUUAUCUUCGGUGAUAGAGUUGAUCCCGAUGUCAAGGAAGAAGUUAAGCGUGUACUUGAAAUAGAUAAAGAAGGUGGGGAAGGAACUUAUCUAGGUCUCCCUGAAGUUUUCAAAGGCUCCAAUAUAAAUAUACUAAACUUCAUUCGAGAGAAGCUCCAACAUAGACUUCAUGGUUGGUUUGCAAAAUCACUUUCUCAAGGAGGUAAAGAGAUCCUUUUGAAAUCUAUUGGUCUAGCCCUUCUUGUCUAUGAAAUGUCAGUAUUCAAGCUUCCUAAAGAUCUAUGUGGCAAGCUCACUUCAGCAAUGAGAGAGUUUUGGUGGAGCAGUGGUGGUAAUCGUAGAAAACUACCUUGGGUAGCUUGGGAUAAGCUCUGCAAAAGUAAAGAGGAAGGCGGCUUAGGCUUUCAUGAUCUAGCCUUGUUCAACCAAGCUUUGCUUGGGAAACAAGCUUGGAGAAUAUUUUCACUGCCUGAAUCCCUAGUAGCAAGGAUCCUGAAAAGUCGGUAUUUCAAAAUCUCCUCAUUUUUAGAUGCAAGUAUUGGUGUUCGUCCUUCCUAUACUUGGAGAUCUAUUCUCCAUGGUCGUGAGGUUUUGAAGCAAGGUCUGAUGAGAAAAGUGGGUGAUGGCGCUAGCUCCAAUGUCUGGAUGUCUAACUGGAUCAUUGAUACGGUCGUCAGACCUCCAAUGUAUAGACAAGAUAGCACUGUUGAUCUCACUUUAACGAUCUCUGGCCUCAUGAUCCCUCAGACCGGUCAAUGGGAUAUUGUGAAACUCAGAAACUGCUUCACUGCAGAGGAUGUGGACAUAAUUAUUCAAAUAAGGCCUAAGAUCACGUCUCAGGACUCAGAUACUUGGGGUUUCACUCAUCAUGGCGUCUAUACUACUCAAAGUGCUUACAAGUUGCUUAAUUCAAUCAAAACCUCUAACUCUUCUGAUCGCUCCUUACCACCAAUUGAAAAGCUAUUGUGGAAGCAUCUCUGGAAACUGAAAACUUCAUCCAAGCUUUGCCAAUUUCUCUGGAGAGCCCUCUCUGGAGCCUUACGGUCAAGAGUUGACCGUGCUAAGAAAGCUUUGGAAGAUGCUGAGAUAUGGCUAUCAGUUAAUGACCCUCAGAUUGUUACUUCUUCGUGGCAGCCUAAUGUUCAACCUUCUAACCCGAAAUGGAGAAAACCUCAGGGUGAUCUCAUCAAAUGUAAUGUUGGAAUGGCUUGGGAUAAUUCGAGUUCAUUCAGUGGUGCUGGCUGGAUCACCAGAAAUUUCCAAGGCUCUCCCCUCCACCACAGCCGACGUGCUUACCCCUCUAGUGCAUCGAAACAAGAAGCUGAUUUACAAUCACUUUAUUGGGGCUGUGGAGAGUAUGAGUAA